CCAACACGCGCACACUCUUUCUCUCUCUCUCUCUAAUUUACAUUUUGCGAAUUCUUAUCGUCUUCGUUUGGCGCGGUCCGAUCUACCUCGAGAGGCAAAAAUGGCGGAAGACAAGUACAAUCGGAAGAACCCAGCCGUGAAGAGGAUUCUGCAGGAGGUGAAAGAGAUGCAAUCGAAUCCUUCUGAUGAUUUCAUGAGCCUACCGCUCGAGGAGAAUAUAUUCGAAUGGCAGUUUGCAAUCAGGGGGCCAAGAGACUCCGAAUUUGAGGGAGGAAUAUAUCAUGGAAGAAUUCAGUUGCCUGCUGAAUAUCCUUUUAAGCCGCCUUCAUUUAUGUUGUUGACGCCUAACGGUCGGUUUGAAACCCAAACAAAGAUAUGCUUGAGCAUUUCAAAUCACCACCCUGAGCACUGGCAGCCAUCCUGGAGUGUGCGCACUGCUUUGGUAGCAUUAAUCGCAUUCAUGCCUACCAGCCCAAACGGUGCACUGGGAUCCUUAGAUUAUCCAAAAGAUGAGAGGCGAGCUCUUGCAACUAAAUCUCGCAAUACAGCUCCCACAUUUGGAUCUUCUGAACGCCAAAAGCUGAUUGACGAGAUCCAUGAAUAUAUGCUGACCAAAGCGCUUCCAACUUCUCAAGGCGAGCAAUCCUCUGAAGCAAACACUGGUAGUGAAGAAAGCCCACAGGGUCCUCAAACUGACAUAGAGACAACUACUGAAGCUAUUCCCACUCCAGCUGAAGAUGAUGGAAUAGUCGAAGAAGAAGAAGACGAAGAAGCACUUCCCAAUCUAACUGAAAAUGGUGGAAUUAUUGAAGAACCAAACGAAACACACACAGUGCUCGCAAAUGCACAGCAAGUUUUGCGUAAGCCAGAAUCAAGAGUUGCCAAACCUACCGAUGACCGUCUCUUCACAUGGGCAAUUUACGGACUUACCUUUGCUAUAAUUCUUCUUCUGUUGAAGAAGUUCCUGAAAGCUAAUGGCUACGGUGCUGUCUUUAUGAAUGAGUCCUAAGUAUUUCGGUAAAUAUUUCUUACUAGUGUUAUGUAGUCGGUGACCCAAAGUAAAAGAUUAUAUCGCGCGGCGGAUGAAGAUUAUGGUGCUGUCUUUGUGCAUGCAUCUUAUAUGUAAAUCUUUUUUUGCUUUUCAAUUUAGUGGACUGUUGUAUAGGUUAUAUUAUGAUAUGAUUAUGCAUAAAACUUAUGAACUUUGUAAAGAGCUGAACUAGUUUACCGGAAGGUAAUUGCUCUCUUGAGUUGGAUCUUAUAAUAUUACUUGCGUUUACGA